AGUCACAGUGUUGCGUUAACCUGAGCCAGACCCGUUUGUCGAGCUGGGCUCUUCCACAUGAAGAGUGAGUAUCCAACCCAACCAACACUGAAACCAUCUCCUGCGCGCCUUGGACGCACAAAGGAAACCGCUCUGCGUCAGAACACAGAAACGUCUGAAGUUUUACAUUUUCUUUUAUAAAGUUGUACUUUCAUCGGACCCAGAAUGAGAGUCUGAAGAAGACAUAGAUUUAAUUUUUUUUUUCUAGCUUUUUGGGAUCUAAAAUCUCACGAUGGAUGAGCAAGACGGCAUGUUAGACUUCCAGGAGCUGAGGGCCAAGUUCCAAGACAAGGAAUUCCUCCUGUGGCCACCAAAGAACAAACCUGCUGUACCAGAGAAGCCAAAGGUUAUCUCUCCUCCCCUUAGCCCCACUCACCACCUUCCGUCAGGAGCACGCCCCUCACUGCUCACCUCUAUAAACCAGGCCUUGGAAUCAAAGACAGUGAACACCCCUAGAGUGGUCUUUAAGGGUGAGAAGAAAGAUAACAAAAUGCUUCUUAUUCAGAAUAACUCAAAAGUCAAAGAAAAAUCUGACUGGAGACCGAAGGAGAGUAAGGAAAAGACAAAGGAAAGCAAAGAGAAACUGAAUGAAAACUCAUCAGAUCACAAGGAGAAGAAUGGUAAGAAGCUCCCAAUCUUCAGGACACAGAAGGAGAAUACAUCUGAGCUGGUGCCUGCCUCGCCUCCUCUGAAGGCCAAAACACAAAGGAAGAAGAAUAUUCUUGGUUUCAAGAAGUCUUCCAAGAAAGACACAGAAGCAACCUCAGCUGAAUCAAUCCUAGACUCUACGACAGGGGAUAUUGCUGGACCUGCACUAAUGAUCCCAGUGGUUUUCGAUGCUAAUAACACCCCACAGGAAUCUAUAUACUCAGUACCGAAACAGGUUCUACCAAAGAUUACCAUCCCUGAAUCCAGUGCUGCAGUGGACCUGACAACACUCUCUCCUAUUCCUGAACCUCCUGAAUUCUCCCCUCCUCCUGCCAUCAUCCCAGUUGUCCCAGUUUUCACGAUUCCAGCCCUAAAGAGUGAAACCCCACCUCAGAUUGAAAAUCCUGCUGUGCCAGUUUCCAACCUGCCCAGCCAAAAUAAAAUUGCUCCCAUUCCUCCCAUUGUUGCUCCCUCCCGUCCACUUGUCGCUCCUCCCCCUCCACCUGUUUCAGCCCGCUCCCCUCAAAUUAUUGUGGCUCCCUCCCCUUCACAUAUUAUGGCUCCCUCUCCUCAAUCCACUGCUCCUCCCUCCUCUCCACCCAGAACUGCCCCUUCACCAAGAGCUAUGCCCCCUCCUCCACUGAGUUUUGCCAUCUCUGAUUCUCUUUCCGAGGCCUCUGCUCGCUCCUCAUCUCCUUCUGACCUUCAGGUUGCAGCUGGUUCUGACGUGGAGGUUACACAUCCAACUGCAGAGGAUGCAAUGGACUCUCUUUCUCUCAAACCAGAACGUCCUGUCUCUGCCCUCUCUGCCCUGGAGAGGGCAGAGGACAUGAGUACUGGGAAAAGAACCCCACCGAGUGACCAGAGGAUUUUAAGCGCUCUGGAGAACACACGCAGGAAGGCAGCCAGCCCGCUGUCUAGCCACACUCCCCCACCUGAAGACUUUCCUUCUCACCUGGACCCCGCCCCUACUGAUGUAGUUUUCUCACCUAUUGAUUAUGAGGGAAAGAAACCCUCCUCACCAGAAGCUUACGGCACUGACCACAGGACAGCUUCUCCGGUAUUGCAAAACGUCACUGUGGAGAGGUCUAACCUUCCCUUAGAGCUCCUUCUGGUUCCACCUCCUCCAACCAUACAGGUCGUACCUGAGACUCAGGGUCCCGCUCCAGAGAAUCCUGACAGACCUCUUUUUGUCAAUUUGAGUGAAUUUAUUCCCCCUCCACCUCUUAUUCCUGAAGAGAUUCGUGUUCCACCUGAAUUUUCAGAACCCGACGCCACAGAUGUCCCAGAGUUUGAUGAUUUGACGGAUGCCUACUCCCCCGAGCUCCCAGUGUCAGAGUGUGGGAAUGAGGACCUCACAGGUCCUGAUGUUCCAGAUGAACCGAACCAGUCAAAGAUUAUCAGCAAUGGGAUCACUGAUUCAGAAACUAAGGUCUACACUGAGACAGCGUAUGGAGAUGACCAAGAUAAUCCUCCACAGAAACAACCCUUCCAAGCUGUUCAAGACCACUCAACACCAAAGGAGAACCCUCAAACACUAUACCAGAGCAGUAUGAAUGACAGCAACGAAAACUUGUACGAGGCCGUUCGUUUGUCCUCUGGCAAAAAAAAGGAGAAGGGCAACAGUGGGAAGAAACGCAAAGGGACCCUAAAAAAUCCAUAUGCUGAGAAUGCACGAGAAACGGUUCAGGAAAAACCCAAGACAAUCAGGUUUGGCAGGAGCGAAAAAAAGCAAACCUCAGCCAAGCCGGAUGAGAAGGAGCUGAAAAAGAAGGAGAAGCAGCGGCUGGAGAAGGAGAAGAAAGAGCUGAAGGAGAAACAAGAGCGAGAGAGGAAAGAGCAGAAAGAGAGGGAAAAGAAGGAGAAUGAGAUGAAGAAAAAAUUCUGUGUCACAGGGCAGGAGGAAGCCAUGUAUCAGGCAAAAGUAAACGUAACUACAAAGGGCAGUAAGAACGAUCUCCCUGUCAAGAAUGGAGACGUCAUCAGCAUCAUCCGAACGACCAAGUGCCCCAAAGGGAAGUGGCUGGCCAGGGACAGCAGUAACACCUAUGGGUAUGUUUCUGUGGACCACUUGGAGAUGGACUUUAGGGAGAUGUUAGAGGUGGGAAAGAAGACUCCUCGCAACAGCACCAUCACAGAGGCAGAAACCACCACAGACGGCAGGGUGCUGAAUCACUUCAGCCAUUCAGCGGAAAGCUUCACAGAUGACAGUGAGGAGUGGGCCUGUGAAGACGAUGAUUCGUUCUCACCUGCCCCUGAAACAUCUCAUCAGUUACCAGGAAGUCACACAAGGACUUUCUCCAUGCCAGAGACAGGAAACAAGGACCUUGCUAUAAACCACCAGUACAGUCACAGUGACAUGUGUGACAGCUCUCAGAUCCAAGCGAGACAAGAAGCACUUCAAAAGUUGGCAACAUUUUUAAGGUCAUCAAAAUCUUUGGAUCCAGCUCCAGUUGAGCCCGAACCAGAAAGGAGUUCUUCACCUGUGCAGGAAGAAGCUGUUAGUGAGCCACAGAUAAGUUCAACUCAGAAGACAGAGUUUGAUCCUACAGCCAUCAUUUUACCUCCUCCCGACAUGUAUGCAGACUUUAUGCUGGAUUCACCGCUGCACAGUGAGCCAAUCAAAAAUCUCCCAUGCUGACCAGGAUCUUUCAACUGUGACAAGUUGCUGCCAUGUGAACCUUUGACAAAAACUGCAUCUUUUUGACUUCAACUUUAUUUAUCUGAGAACUGUAUGUAUGGACCAAUACACUGAUGUGAACCAGCAUCUAAGCAGAUGGAUAUGUUAAUUAUGUUCCUUGAAGACAUAGGUGUAAGGAUUCUGAACUUUGGACAGGAUGAAAUCUCCUUUUUCAAUGAGAGGAAAUAAAAAAAAACAUACAGACUGGUCAAAACCAGAAAAUACAACUCAUGGUGGAAGUAUGGAAAGGAUUUAAUCAGUGUUUCCAGGGUGGGAUACCUUCCUGAGGAAAGAAAGACAUUCAAAUUAAGGGAAGUCCUGCAACCAACUUUUUCUCAGUUCAGCCAGUAAUUCAAAGUUGGAUCACAGCUCAAAGAACCCGGACAAGAGUCUGGAUGUCUUAGUCCACAUGAAGCGUCGACAGGAGGUGGAUCGCUUUUAUCUUCUGCUCUAAAAAGGUUCGGGGUUUGCUGCAAGGGACUGAACAGAUGAAAUACACUUAGAAAUACCCACCUUCUUUUUCACAUAACUAUCUGGAACUGGUCAGUGUUUGCAUCCCUUAUUUUUUUACGUUAUAGAAAUCUUUUUCUAUUUUUAGUUAAUACUGGUGACAACCAUUCUGGAUUGUUUAAGAGUAUGCAUCUACUGAUGAACAUCAGCGGAAAAUAUAAGUUUAUUCUGCUUACUUAGUUUAAAUCACUUUGUGUAGCAACAUUAACGUUGUUGGGCCGAGAAAAAGGCUACAAAUUUAACUGUCUUCUUUAAAGCAUGGCCAGUUAAUGUCUGGACAUUUUUUAGUGUGAGAUGUUUUAAAUUGCAAAAAUCUGCUAAACCUGGGCCUGCUGUCUGGCUAGCUAUUAGUUUCCAUGAGGGUUUCUUCCCUUUUCUACAACUCACUAAAGAAUGUCAUCUUUCUAACAAAGGAGAUGAAAAGAAAAUGCUGGUAACUUCACAGAACCUCAUUUCAAAGAAUCUAAACUAUCUUAGGCUUAUUAGCUUGCAUUAAUAUAAUAGAGCCAAGAGCAAAGACUGUGAUGAUAAAUACAAAACUUUAGAAUAGUGUUCGCUCUCCUUCAGAUGUAACUGCAGCUUUUAGAUGAAAACAUCUUGCUUUGUUGUGUUUAAUUUCACUGUUCUGCAUUUGUCCAUGUACCUCAGAUGCUUUCUCACAAAGCAAUUUAAAGGGUUACAAGUGUGUAAUUUAUGCGUGUAUAAAAGCUCUGUAAUGCAAAGAGACUCAAUAACAACAUCGUUGUUUUGCAUGUUUUUUUUUUUAAUAAAUACCUCUUAAAGUGCAA